AUUCAGUCCAUGCAGAGGCACGCAGAGAUUUCUCAUUCAGGUCUCUCCGGCGCCUUAACUUGAAUUUUGCUUUCAAUGAGCACAACGUAAAGAUAAGCGAUAUGAUUUGGUAAUAUCCCAGGAAGAGCUCCAAAGUCGUUAACAAACAGUCCCCACGCCUCCUGUUGAUUUGCUUCCUCUGUUAAACUGACACUGUCUUGCUUCAACAACAUACUGGUCUGUUAGCACUUCAGGCGCGGGACAGCAUGACUGGCGGACUCAAGGACGGCGAAACUGACGAGGUAAGGUUCUCUGCGUCCUGUCACAAUCCAACUUUUUCUUUUCCAGUUUUAUGAUAGCCUAUAUUUUGUAUUUUAUAAUGGAUAUUGAAUAAUAUGUGAGCAACACAUUUUCUAUGGCUCAUUCUCAUUGUGACAUUUAUCGAAAAUGCCCUUGGAAGAUUGGGAAACUGGAACAAUUUUUUACUCCAAAGCACUAUUUGCCAUCUUUUUUGGCACCUAGUUGUGAACGUUACUCCCACUCCCCUCUCGUCUCCAUUAGCACUGGCAUGAUACAUUUGCAGUUAUUUAUUAACUAGCCUACACUAAUAGCAUUCUGUGCGUUAUUUCAUUUUUAAUCCACUUGAAACACACAAUUGUGAAUACAAGUUGUCUUUAGAAUGUUAAUUGUAUUAGACUAAGUCAAUCGAAAAUGCAAUUUCCAUUACAAGUUGACAGUUUACAUGCGUGAAAAUAAGCUUUCGAUGCUUUCUGUGAGACAGGUUCUGUAUUUACAGAGAAUAGCCAGCCGAACAAUCUUUAUGCAGGCAUUGUGUGAGCGUUUGGAGAUGACCCCUUGCGGUGAGAGAUGGAUCUCUGCUGUUGAGGGGUGUGGUACUACCCUUUUAAAACCAUCUCAGGCUGGGGCAGGCUGCUAACUCUGGUGCGCUCCAGUCGACCUUCUCUGCCUCUCUGCGCAUCUCUCCACUAACUUAUAAACGUAUAACGCUUCUCUUAUUCACCUCCGGACUCACAGGAAUUUCUGCACUCGCCGUUCAUCAGGAAACAAGGGAACAUUUAUAAACCUAAUAACAAAGACAUGGAUAAUGACAGUAUGAGCGGGAUGAAGACGAUGCAGGAUGUCCAUACGAAAGAGAUCGACCUGGUGAACCGGGACCCCAAGCGCUUAAACGACGACGUUGUCAAGGUGAGUUCAACACCGAACCAGUCCGUAGACGGUAUUUUUACCCAUGAAGAGAAAAUAAUUGUUUAUGGAUUUUUUUCACUAGUAAGAUUUCACUUUGGACCUUUUUAUUUACUUUAUUUAUUAGACUGGUUUGAUACGAUUAUUAUUUGAUCAAAUCGUGCGUCAUAUAAAUUAUAGUUUAGGUUAGAACUAGUUCAGUUCCAAUAUUGCAUGUGGAUGGUUUUGUACUUGGACACAUUAACUAAUGUUGUUAUAUUAUCAAUGUUCCCAUUAUAAUAUACCAAGGAGGACUGGAAAUUGUCACUCGCACGAUUACUGGGCAGGCUAGGAGCUGCCAAAUGUGCAUAGUAAGCUGCGUGCGUCAAGGGCGCACAAAGUACUGCGUGUGUCGUAUGGUUGGUGGGUCUCAUGGCAUUCUCGUGUGUAGCCUAUACUAUGUGUCCGUUUGAUUUUUUCGGAUUCAUGACCCCAGUUUACAAUGUUUUACAUCGGCCAGAAUAGGUUUGUGAAGGGCUCAACACAUGCGUAAAUGUGGUGCGUACGCAGCAGCGUCUCUUGCCUAUUUUGCUGGUGCGGCUGCUGUCAUUAGCCGAACAUCCUUGCUCUGGUUUUGGAACGGAGGAAACAUCACGAAUUUCCUGUUGUUGGAACAGAAAUGUUCUCACAGUCCUUGUUUUAUAGUUACACAUGUCUCUUAUUCUGUGAGUGAGUUAUUGGAGAGCAAACGUAUUUCCAACGUAGACUACAACCACACUGUGCCCAUUUUGUGUUUAUGUAAAAUAUGAGUUUGUUGAGAGAAGCCCUCGCUGACAUUACUGUGGUACGUGUGAAAAUCACCUGUCAUCCGUUGGUGGGAACAGAAAGGCCCAGGUGACACAGUCAGAGUCUGUGUCCCAAAUGGCACCAUAUGCCUUAUGGCCCUGUUCAAAAGUAGUGCACUACAUAGGGAAUAGGGUGCCAUUUGUGACAUAGACUGUCCAUCUAUCCUCAUGUCCAGCUGGGUUAUUGUUUCAUCUGUAAAGAGUCAGUUACCACUGGGAGAGGGUCAGCCGUUUGAAGUAGUGAACUUUGCCUUCAUAAAACAGGGAAACACCCAAGUAGCUGCAGGGGCAGGCAGGCCAAGGGAUCUCCCUCUCUCUCCCCUCUCCUCCCCCUCCCACUGCUCUGUCCUAUAUCGCCCUUUGUCUCUCUCCCUCCCUCUCUGCAAUCCUCAGGGAUGCGUCAACUAGGGAGCAAUGACUACAUUCUCUCUCCCCUGUCUCCUAGUCUCCCUUCUUGUGUGCAUUUGCUCCGUUUCAUUUCAAUAGGUUUGUUCAUAUAAAAGAUAAUCUUGUGUGUUAAUGGUAAGAGGAAACCCAACUCACACAAUUUAGAUAAAAGUAGAGAUGAUUGUAAAAAAAUAUUUAUCUCUGUCUUGCAGUUUCCCCCCCCCCCCCCCCCCCCCCCCCCCCUCUCUCCUCUCUCUCUCUCUCUCUCUCUCUCUCUCUCUCUCUCUCUCUCUCUCUCUCUCUCUCUCAAUUCAAUUCAAAGGGCUUUAUUGGCAUGGGAAACAUAUGUUUACAUUGCCAAAGCAAGUGAAAUAGAUAAUAAACAAAAGUGAAAUAAACAAUAAAAAAUGAACUGUAAACAUUUCACACAAUUUAGAUAAAAGUAGAGAUGAUUGUAAAAAAAAUAUUUAUCUCUGUCUUGCAGUUUUCCUCUCUCUCUCUCUGACUUCCUACCAACUGAUUGUAACAGUGAGACAGACUCUUCAGUAUGCUCAGAAUAUAAUACAGCCUUAUGAUUCUGCUAUUUUAAUCAAAUCUACAGACCGCUAGUGUAAUCAUCUGAAGUCACAUGUAUUCUCCCAGGCUAUAGAGGUUUGGAGUUCUAAAUGUUGUCAAUGGAGGUGUGUGUUUGGGGUGCCCUCACUAUGCUGCUGUUAUGUACAUUUACAUUUACGUCAUUUAGCAGACGCUCUUAUCCAGAGCCACUUACAGUUAGUGAGUGCAUACAUUUUUCAUACUGGCCCCCCGUGGGAAUUGAACCAACAACCCUGGCGUUGCAAGUACCAUGCUCUACCAACUGAGCUACAGGAGGGCCAGGGAACACGAACACACACACACACACACACACACACACACACACACACACACACACACACACACACACACACACACACACACACACACACACACACACACACACACACACACACACACACACACACACACACACACACACACACACACACACACACACACACACACACACACACACACACACACACACACACACACACACACACUACUCUCCUUCUGCAGAACCAUGUGUACCAGUAGACCUUUGACUUUCUCUAGCAGUGAUCUUAUAAUUUAUCUGGAAUUUCGGCAGCUGCACUCCCUCAACCGGCCACAUCAAAGAAUCACCAUCACUGAAAUCCAUGCAGAGUUUGGAGAGUUUGCCCUGGGAAUAGAAUAUUUCCUCUCAUAAAGCCUGGUUCUUUAUAUAGCCCAGGGCCAGGCAGCCUUCUGUUAAACCCCGAUGGGGCUGAGUCUGAGCUGAGCUGAGCUGAGCUGACACACCCACGGCCACACUGUGCAGCGCGGACAGCAGCGAUCGGCUCGCUAACCAGCCGCUAGCUAACAUCUCCCUGCCAAACGUUCUAGUAUGCCGGGACUCCCAGAGGAGGGAGGCGGGAGGCACAUUAUAUUGGGAAAUUAAGACAUUCAGGCUUAAUGGUAAGCUGAGGCAGGGUUUCCCAUAGAUUGUUCAGGUAGGGUGCAAACAAAGGCCCAAAUCAACAUUCAGGGCUAAUUUAUUAAGCAACAAUUUCAGUUGAAAUCAAUUGAAGCCAAAUGAUUUAUUUUAGGUGGGGGAAAACACUGCUAGGUAGGGAUGGCCCAUCCUACUUACACAAUGGUGGAGGAAACACUGGACUGAGGCAUUCAGCACUCUAGGGACAGAAUGGAAAAAUAUAUUACAUGCCUCUCUCAAGAUUGCAGCCAACCAGACUGGUCACAUGUUGUCCCUGAGAACUAGUUGGUUUUACUGUAUGCCCAGUAACUAAAGGGGCGAUAGGGGCUGAGACAUUGUAUCUAUCUAGCCAACCAUGACUUGCCCACCAAUAAAUAAAAUCCUCUCAGGCUUUCCCUCCGUAUUACCUAGGGCUGUUUCUCAUAAAGAAUGUUCUUCUCUGUUCACUAUAGUUCAAUUAUCUAUUGCAAUAGCAAAGUAAUAACAACUCCCUGUGAAUAAAAUGUAUUUGCUGACUUGUAAUCUUAUCUUAUGUUUAUGUCUUUCUAAACUAGGCUUUAGAAAAACAUAGGCACUCUCGCUUACAAUUAAAAUAUUAGCAUCUGUUAAAAAAAAUUAAACGUUACAUUUCGGCUGCUAACAGCUCUCAUCAGAACCAUUCUACAUUUACAUUUUUACAUUUUAGUCAUUUAGCAGACGCUCUUAACCAGAGCGACUUACAGGAGCAAUUAGGGUUAAGUGCCUUGCUCAAGGGCACAUUAACGUCAUUUAGCAGACGCUCUUAGCCAGAGCGACUCACAAAUUGGUGCGUUCACCCUAUAGCCAGUGGGAUAACCACUUUACAAUUUGGGGGGGGGGUUAGAAGGAAUACUUUAUCCUAUCCCAGGUAUUCCUUAAAGAGGUGGGGUUUCAAAUGUCUCCGGAAGGUGGUGAGUGACUCCGCUGUCCUGGCGUCGUGAGGGAGCUUGUUCCACCAUUCUACACAGACCUCUCAUUUAUUCUCCAUCCAAGUGAUGGAAACUGUGUCUGUGGGCCUACAUACAAUACAGUACUCAAGAUGUAUGGCUCUGGAAACUGUGUCUGUGGGCCUACAUACAAUACAGUACUCAAGAUGUAUGGCUCUGGAAACUGUGUCUGUGGGCCUACAUACAAUACAGUACUCAAGAUGUAUGGCUCUGGAAACUGUGUCUGUGGGCCUACAUACAAUACAGUACUCAAGAUGUAUGGCUCUGGAAACUGUGUCUGUGGGCCUACAUACAAUACAGUACUCAAGAUGUAUGGCUCUGGAAACUGUGUCUGUGGGCCUACAUACAAUACAGUACUCAAGAUGUAUGGCUCUGGAAACUGUGUCUGUGGGCCUACAUACAAUACAGUACUCAAGAUGUAUGGCUCUGGAAACUGUGUCUGUGGGCCUACAAUACAGUACUCAAGAUGUAUGGCUCUGGAAACUGUGUCUGUGGGCCUACAUACAAUACAGUACUCAAGAUGUAUGGCUCUGGAAACUGUGUCUGUGGGCCUACAUACAAUACAGUACUCAAGAUGUAUGGCUCUGGAAACUGUGUCUGUGGGCCUACAUACAAUACAGUACUCAAGAUGUAUGGCUCUGGAAACUGUGUCUGUGGGCCUACAUACAAUACAGUACUCAAGAUGUAUGGCUCUGGAAACUGUGUCUGUGGGCCUACAUACAAUACAGUACUCAAGAUGUAUGGCUCUGGAAACUGUGUCUGUGGGCCUACAUACAAUACAGUACUCAAGAUGUAUGGCUCUGGAAAAUGAAAUGGAAUUUGCUGGGUUUUGUGGCGUAAAGAAUUAUGAGAUUUAUAUUACAGGGUUUCACCACCAAGCUAUUUUACGCUAUAAGUUUAGCAUGUUCAGUUUAGCGAGUUCCCUGUGUACACAGUAAGAGCUGGUAGAAUGGCUCCUGAAUCAAAUGAACAAAGACCUAUAUUGCAUAGAGGCAAAUGUAGCUCAGUUGGUAGAGCAUGGUGCUUGCAAUGCCAGGGUUGUGGGUUCGUUUCCCACGGGGGGCCAGUAUGAAAAUGUAUACACUCACUAACUGUAAGUCGCUCUGGAUAAGAGCGUCUGCUAAAUGACGUAAAUGUAAAAUGCACUAGACACAGGUGAUGUUAAACCCUCUGACAGCGACACGUCUCUCGCAGACAAAACACACACGCAAUAAUUAACUGUAAAAUAAAUAUUUGCUGUAUCAUGGGCCUGGAAUCAAAGGGAAGAGUAAAAGAGAAAGAGCAAGAGAGGAGUAGUGAGAGUGGUAGCACGAGAGAGAGUGGGAAAAAGAGAGAGAGAGCGAGAGAGGUAGUGAGAGUGGUAGCACUAGUGAGAGACUGGGAAAAAGAGAGAGAGAGCGAGAGAGGUAGUGAGAGUGGUAGCACUAGUGAGAGUGGUACCAUGAGCGAGAGAGGGGUAGUGAGAGUGGUAGCACGAGAGAGAGACUGGGAAAAAGAGAGAAAGACAGAGAGCAAGUAUGUGUGUGCUCGCGUGUGUGUUUUUCCACUUUACAAUCUGCACUAAAUCGUCUAUGAGGUCAUGGGUACUUGGGAGGCACGUCGCAAACCCGUCGAUCGCCUGAGAAGUCUGUUUACACUGAAAAUAAAUAAAUGUCAUGGUUUACCUCACUGGGGCCAUCCGGCUUCUCUUUACUACAUGUAGGUACUAGAGGACACAUAUAGCUUUAAUACAGGAGCUUGGAGGCUCUCAGGUGGUGAAUGUAAACUGAACUGCAUUAGAGAGAACUCCAGGGUAGAGAAGGGCAUUGCAGUAGAACUGGGCAGAGUCUGAAAUGACACUGUAUUUCCUGUUUUGAAUUGGAAUAGGGUGCUGGCUGGUUCUAACCAAAACCAGUACUUGGGAAUAGGCCAAUGACACUGACCAAAAGUACUGCACUAUCUUGGGAAUAGGGUGCUGGCUAUUUGCCCUCUGAUUCAGACACUUCUAUGUGUCUCUGUCUUGUGUAUCAGUCUGUCUGUCAGGAAUGUGAAGAGGUGGUUUAGGAGGGUAGAGCGAGUAGGAGGAGGGCCUCACACAGCAAGUGUAGCAAUCACAAAAUGUUUUUGCGAAGGGGGGUAGGAGAGUGGGUGGGUGGUUAGUUUGACCUGGUUUGAGUGCUCGUACCAGCCACUAUGAGGAGACAUACAUCUCUUGUAAUAUUUCUAGUACUUGUGUAACUUCAGAACAGGGGCACAAAUGUAUGGGAGGGCAACAGCUGUUUAUUUUUAAAAAUAUAUUUUUAAUCUGUUUUUUGCUUUGAGAGUGGCUGUCUAAUUUAUCAUUGCUGAUUCAUCGAUUUUAACCAUUACUCUCCUCUCCUGUCAGGUGGACUUUGAGGAUGUGAUCGCAGAGCCUGCGGGCACGUACAGCUUCGACGGCGUGUGGAAGGCUAGCUUCACCACCUUCACGGUGACCAAGUACUGGUGCUACCGUCUCCUCACCGCCCUGGUGGGCAUCCCGCUGGCGCUGGUCUGGGGCAUCUUCUUCGCCAUCCUGUCCUUCAUCCAUAUCUGGGCGGUGGUGCCGUGUGUCAAGAGUUAUCUGAUAGAGAUCCACUGUGUCAGCCGCGUCUACUCCAUCUGCGUCCACACCUUCUGCGACCCGCUGUUCGAAGCCAUGGGCAAGUGCUUCAGCAGCAUCCGCAUCAGUACCACCAAGGGGGUAUAGAAAAGACGAGGAAGGGAGGAUGAAGAGGAAGAGGAAGGGAGGAUGGGAAUGAGGAGGGGAGGUGUGGAAACCAUAACUAAACACAGAUUGAAAGGGGGGAGAAGUCACCAGAAGAAAAAGAAAAGAGAGAGAACAACUUCUGAUAAAAUUAGAGGUGAGACAUUUCCAGAGCUGUGGAAGGGAUGUUGGAGGUAAGGGAACAGUAAUAGAGAGCAUCUGGCCCCUCCUCUCUUUCUCCCUCGACAACAAUGGUUUCUCUCUCCAGUGCUUGUUUAACCAACAGGGGCACAGGAUUACAUCGAGGGUCAUUCCUUGGGGUCUUUGUUUUUCUGUUUGUUUUUCUUUCGUUUUUUUAUUCUGUAUUUGUUAGCGUUGUUUAUCACUGCAGGAGCAUCACGCUAGCCCCCCACCCCAUCCAUUCCUCCUAUUGUUCCAAAAUGUUGUGUGACCCUCUCUGAUUAUAGCUUGUUUAAUGGGGAGUAUUGAUUGAAUGAUUGAUAAGUUAGUUAAUUGAUUGAUUGAUAGGCUCAUAUAAUAGAUGUUGGUGUCCUCUCUGCUGGGUUUGUGUGUUUGGGGCAUGUUUUUUGGGAGGGG